UCUAUAUCCCAUCACUCUUCAUAUUGUGUUUCACAUGUAAAGAAGUGCCUCAGAAGCGCGGUUCUCGAGGCUCUUUAGUGUGCCGGCGUGACGUCAGUCUUUGGCCAAAAGUGAAAGAGUGAAGACGGAUUUUUCCAAGCUCUCCACGCCACCUUGUUGCACUUCAAAUCGCGGCUUUUAUCUGCAAACUUCUUUCUCAGAGUUUUUUGUGAGACGUGAAGAAGUAGAGUGUUAUCAGUGAAAAUGGCCUUUAAUCGUAUAUCGCUGAUUAAAUUGCUGGAAUUGGUUCUUGCAGUCACAUGCUUGGUGCUGCACUACCACAGCUUGGGUGAGACUGACAUCAUCACGAUCAUCUUGACAUCGGGCACUUUCCUGGGCUUCAGCAUCAUCCUCCUUGGUCUGUUUGUCUGUUACUUGAUUAACUCUCCAGUCCAUAAGAGGCACGACAUCUACUACAGCUUGGUGGGCUGCGCGCUCUUCAUUGCGGCUGGCGCUCUGAUCAUCCAAGAGUGGGAGAAUGCUUGGAAGUCGGACAGGAGGAAAAUCGCCCUCACGAAGGGCGGCCUCUCCAUUGUGAAUGGAGCAAUUUUCCUCUUCGACAUCUUCUUCGUGUUCAAGAGUUAAAAAGCUCUUCCUUUGGCAACAUGAGUGUCUUAUCCGAGAGCGAAAGGAGAAGAAGGGCGCUCUAGAUUUACCAGGAAAGACAUCUUCUGAGAUUAUAAUUUAACACUCUAUCUGUUAAGCUGUUUAUUCACGUAUGACAAGGAGAUGGAAAGCUCUGUUUUUUUCGAGUAUGUACUUGUCGUAAAUCUUUAAUCAUUCCUCCUUGGCUUUUGCUGUAAUGCCAUGUUAAAGUGAGUGUAAGAAGCUUCUUCCUCCUUGUUUGAAUUUUAAUAUCUCUUCUGUUGAUCUUGUGCGAAGCGGAGGAAGUUUGUGUUUAUGUUCAACUCUGUAGUAAGCUCAUUAUGAGAAAGUAAUUUUCUUCUUCAGACAAAGCAAUUUUGCUCCUUCUAUUUUUAACAUCACACUUUACCAAAGUAUGCAAAUCAAAUUGGUUUUAACAAUGCUCUUCCUCGACAUGUCUUCUCAAUUGGAGCUGAGAGUGAAACUGUAAGGCGACCUUUUCUGCAGCAUUGAUAAGAGGAGGCGAAAAUCAUGAAUAAUUUAGCUAUAGGCUGAAUAAUUAAUUAUCACACACAUUUAUAAAUAUUUAUAGACGGUGUAUUUGCUGUUUUUGUCCUCCAAACUCAUGGAUCGUCUUCUCAAGUCCACGAAACAUAAAAUCGAUAAUUUAUUUUUGAUGAUGAACAGGAUGUCACAGAGUGGCGAAAACCAGUGCCCGAAAUGUGCCUCAGAGGCAGAAUUUAAUAAAGUUCAAAAGCUCUCCUUUAUCGAGAGGCCAAAACAGAAACUAUUUUUGUACCCAUACAGAAAAUAUUUAUAGAUAUUCAUAUUUACAUUGUGUACAAUUUAUCUAUACAAGCAUUUCUCCCCCAUGAGAAUCAAUGUUAAUUCGUGUAAGAAUCUUUCUAACAAGAAUACUUUUACUGUAGUAAUAAAGCGAGGUAAUUGCUAAA